AUGGCGUCCAAUCCAGAUCUCACCCCGCCGGGGAGCAGCACCUAUACCUCGGAUACAAUGUACGUGGGGGAUGGAACAUGGGACAUUACGCGCAAUACUUUUCUCCUCCCCAACUUGAUGGGACUCAACUUUGAGACGAUGCGGUACAAUGGCAUGGGAAACCGCUUCCGAGAGAUGGCAGGUUAUCAUGGGUUAAUAGUAGCUCAUGGCGUCAUAGCAACGAUCGUGUUCUUGGGCUUGGUUCCUGCAGCCAUCUUAAUCGUCCGGUAUUACUCUCUGUUUGAUCGGUACUGGGCAUUCAAACUGCACGCAUGGCUCCACGUCAUGACGCUGUUGCUUACAACUGUCGUCUUUGUGUUGGGUUACUUUGCGGUCGGGCCCAAGCGAACGCUGACGAAUCCACACCAUGGAAUUGGGCUUGCCAUCUAUGUUCUGGUCGUCUUCCAGGUCUUCUGGGGUUGGCUGAUCCAUAAAUUGUCGAAAGGAAUGAGGACGUAUCGUGUGCCUCUGGCAAUGAUGAUCCAUCAUUGGAUAGGUCGCGCGUGCGCGAUUUUGGGAAUCGUCCAAAUUCCUCUUGGUUUGACCCUAUAUGGUUCCCCUAAAUCCUUGUUCAUCCUCUAUUCUAUCGGCGCGUUUAGCCUGCUCGCCAUAUUUUUCGUGCUGUCUUACGUGUACGACGGUGAUGGACGUCACGUUGAAUCCGAUUACGACAGUCGUGGAAGUUACAUCUCCGGGCCGUCGGUUGUCGAUGACAGACGCCACAGCAGUCUGGGCCGUACAGCCGCCGCCGCCGCUGCAGGUGCAGGGUUGGCAGAGCUCUUCCGGCGCCGGUCGCGCAGCAAAACCCGAAGUUACGUCGAGGGCGACUCGACUAUUUCUUAUGUGGACGAGAAGUACUCUGAGGAGCCGCAUCACAGUGGUUGGGGGAGACGAUUGCUCCAGAUUCUCGCCAUCCUUUGCGGUGCAGCUCUGUUCAAGCGUCUAUUCGACAGAAGGCUAGAACGGGAAAGUGACACCGAAUCGGGACGUUACCGACCGGCCCAUGCACGCAGUGACAGUCUGACUGAUUAUACCCUAAGCCGGGUAGAAGAAGGGCGUACUGCAUCAGGUUACCACUCACCGAGCAGGCGUCCGAGUCGUGACUCUUUGGAUUACGGCAGCGGCUACUACACUCAAACCUACACUCAAACCGACGAAGGCCGUGGCCGUGGCCAGCGAGACGGCAUUUUUGGAGCAGGACCUUUUGCUGCUUUCAGGAACCUUUUCAGACGUCGCACGGAAGAGGAGGAGCAACGGCGCGUAGAGGAGAUACGUCGUCGAGACAUCGAGGAAGAAAGACUUGCAAGGGCAAACAGCAAGCGGAAGUACACGGGAGAUGGGUUCUUCCCUCGAAGGGCAAGGCGUACAACCUCUGCUUUAUCGACUGACAUGACUCCAACGGAUGUCACGCCCCAUCCGCCUCGACCUGCCAGCCCUCCGCCAGGAGAAUCUGUCGUUUCUGGCGAGCCUGUCGUUUCAGGGGGUGUCAAUGAUGCACCAGCUGCGGACGCACCACCCAUUCCACCUGCACAUGGUCAUGAACCUGGUAGUGUAACUGCUACUGAGUUGGAAACUGCCGCCGGCGGAGCUGCCGCCGGAGCUGCUGCUGGAGCAGCAGCAGGCGCAGCCACAGAGUCCUCUGUAGGACGGCAUCGCCGUCGCAGGAGUAGCAGCAGGUGGCGACGUGACGAUGUGUCGUCGCCGUCAAUGUCAGUCAAGGUGAAAAUGCACAAUGAUGGCCGGCACGUCACUCUUCGAAGGCUCACUGAAGAAGAGGCGGCAGCCAGCCGGGAAGCGAGACGCAGAGAAAGGGAGAGAAGGGGCUCACGCCGCCGUGGCGGCAGCGUCAGCUCUUUGUCCGGCAACGAAGGAAGCUCCGAUAGAUGGCGCCGGGUCGAGGAAAUGGAGCGUCGACAAGCGGAAGAGAUUCAGCGACAACAAGAGGCUGCUGCAGCUGGGUCUGCUGCUGGGGCACCCAGUGGAGCUGCCAGUGGAAUAACGGCGUCUGCACCGGGGACUCAACCAGUACCCAGCAACGCUUCUGUCCCUCCUCCUCCUCCGUCGAGCAUGCCCUACGGGGCUGGCAGUAUCACAUCCCCUGGCACCUGGACCGGGACCGAAGCCAGCGCUGACUAUGCCAGCAACCGACGGAGACGGCGAGCUGAGCGUGCUCAGGCGCGACAAGCAAGACAACAGCAACAACACAGCGUGGAAUUCACCUGA